AUGCCUUUGCACAGAGACAGCCUCAUUGCGACGCAGCCGCGCGCGGCCGAUGUGAUCAUCGUCGGCGCCGGUGUAAGUGGUCUGCAGGCUGCGCUCAAGCUCCAGCAAUCCGGCGCUUUUUGCCUGGUCCUCGAGGAGUCGGGCCGUGUUGGCAGUCAGGCUUUUACCAAUGGCACUUUCCAUCUCGAGCAUCACCCGCGCACUUAUGCCCUUGCCGUAGAGCUCGGCAUACUAGACGAACCGCACCCGGCGCAGGGCAAAGCGGUGCUCGAGGGCUUCGCAGCGUUCGACCACCAUGAACAACCGGCGCUGAAUGCGGAAGAUGCGGCGUCGCUUCUCCAGAUCAAGGCCAUCCUGGACACCCUUUCGCUUAGGAACGAUACUCCCCCGACAGAUGUGACGGUUGAGCAGCUAGUCGACUCGUACGGCGCCACGGAAGUUGUUGCAAGGAUGGCCAACUUAUGGACUCGCACAAUCUUUGGCCUCUCCUCUCACAACGUUAGCGUGGCGCAGUUCCUGUCGCACUGCGCCUCCUGCGGCGGCCUUCUCGCCGUCCUCGACACCAUCAACGGCCUGAGCGACGACGACGCCGACCACUUUGCAAUUACCGGGGGCUCUAACCAAAUAGCGACCGCGCUUUCUCAGCGCCUCAGCCCGGGGACCGUCCAACUGCGCCAGAAAGUCACGCACAUCGAACACGGCGCAAACGGCUGCACGCUCUACGCCGAGUCUGGCGCCACCUUCCGCGCCACCAAGGUCGUGCUGGCCGGUGCCCUCUCCAUGUGCAGCGCCAUCCAGAUAACCCCUGGCAUCGCAGCGGCGACCGUCUGGGAAGCCGCGCGAGACGAGCAGGGCUUCAGCACCACCGUGGACGUCCUCUUCGACCAUCCCUGGUGGCAGCGACGUGGCCUGUCCGGCCACGCGCAGGGCCUGACCGGUGGCCCGAUCACCCAGGUGCGCCCGUCCUGCCGCACCGACAUCGACAGCCCCGGCCUCUACGCGCUCUCCUGCCAGGUGUCCGGCGAGCAGGCGCGGGGCAUGUGGCUGUGGCUCAUGUCGGCGGAGGAGCGCGAGACGCUCAUCGCGCAGCACCUGGGCGCCAUUUUUGGCGGCGACGUCCCGCGCGCCGUGCAGGUCGUCGAGGCGGACGAGGACCCGCUGGUGGGCGGCCAGCGGUCGCUCAACGUGGCGGCGGCGGCCGGAGGGAAUGCCGAGGGCGGCGUGCACUUUGCGGGCGCGGCGGCAAGCAGUGUCUGGAGGGGACAUGUGGAGGGCGCGCUGGCGGCUGGAGAAGGAGUGGCUAUUGAGGUCUUGGGCGCUCUCGGCAGUUUGGGCGGUAUCCAGAUGAUGGCGCCACGGCUGUAA